AUGUCAAGUCUUACAUUAGAAAAAUUCGAGUGCGAUGGCGAAGCAGGUUCUGUUGGAGCUAGAUGGGAACGCUGGAAGAGGGGUUUAUAUAUUUACCUGGAAGCUGCAGAUGUUACUACUAGUUCUAAAAAACGCGCAAGUUUGUUACAUUGGGGAGGACAAGAACUUCAAGAAGUACUGUUUAAUAUACCCGGUGGCUACAUCAGGUCGAAUGAAGCUGGUCAAGACAAAGAUGUAUUUGAAGUAGCAAUAAAAAAGUUGGAUGAAUACUUCGCACCCAAGCAAAAUAAACGAUAUGAAAGACAUCUUUUCAGACAAAUGAAACAAGAAGAAAACGAGAAAUUUGAGAAGUAUUUGGUUCGUCUGAGGCAACAAGCGCUAAAAUGCCAAUUUACGGAUGUGGAUGACAAUUUAAUUGAUCAGAUAAUUGAGAAGUGUUCAUCGGAAGAACUGAGGAAGAAAGUACUUCGUGCAGGAGAAAAAAUUACAUUAACUGAAGUGAUAACCGAGGCAAAUACUUUAGAAGUAGUGGAACGACAAUUGGGUGAUUUUAGCCAGAAAGGAAAGGACACUGUAAGCAAAAUUGAGAAGGACAAGCCAUUUCAACCUGCGAGGCCCAAACGCCCCCUGCCGUAA